AUGUCAAAAGAAAGUGAGCAGUUUUCCACUGAGAUUGAGCAGAGAAGUGUUGAGAACUCUGGCUCCCUUUCUUUCUCUGUGCGAGUACGGCCAAGGCUGCCAGAUUUUCUUAGUUCAGUUAAUCUAAAAUAUGUGAAAUUGGGUUAUGGCUGCCUCAUUAGCCAUCGCUUGUACUUACUGCUGGCACCACCUCUGCUUGCAGCCUUUAUUGCUCGUGUUGGAAAGUUUACUUGGCAUGAUCUCUAUGAGAAAUAUGGCCUCAUUGAGGUUCUAUUUAUAUCAGCACUUUUGUUCCUACUGCUGUAUUUUUAUACUGACUUGAUACCCGGCUCUACCUAUUUGCUUGAUUUCUCAUGCUUUCGCCCCUCAGAUGAAUACAAGAUCUCUAAGGCUGAGUUCAUUGAGCUAGCAAAAAAAUCUGGGAAUUUCAAUGAUACUUCCAUCGAGUUUCAAGAACGAGUUCUUAAGAAAUCUGGAAUAGGUGACGAGACCUACCUACCAAAAGGAGUUUUUCGCCCUGGUUACAGAAACUCACUGAACGAUGGCAGACAAGAGGUAUCCAUGGUGAUGUUUGGGGCAAUUACUGACCUUCUUGCUGCCACAAAAGUAAAACCAAAGGACAUCAAAAUUCUGAUAGUAAACUGUGGAAUACUAAACACCACCCCAUCACUGUCCUCAAUGGUAGUAAACCAUUUCAAGCUUAGGCAUGACAUCCACAGCUUCAACCUUGGUGGGAUGGGUUGUGGUGCUGGAAUCACAGCCAUUGAUCUUGCUAAAGACCUUCUGGAUGCCUAUCCAAGAACUUAUGCACUUGUAGUUAGCACAGAAGCUGUGAGCUCUACAUGGUACAGUGGAAAUGACAUUCACAUGCAGCUGCCCAAUUGCUUCUUCAGAAUGGGGGCUGCAGCCAUCAUGCUCUCAAAUUUUCCCCUAGAUAGAUGGCGCGCCAAGUAUGAACUCAAACAGCUGGUCCGAACUCACAAAGGGAUGGAUAACAGAAGCUACAAAAGCAUACAUCAAAGGGAAGAUAGUGAAGGGAGGAAGGGGCUUUAUGUGAGCAAAGAUGUCAUUGAGGUUGGAGGCCAUGCACUAAAGGCCAACAUAACCACACUAGGGCCACUGGUGCUACCUGUUUCAGAGCAGCUUCACUUCUUCACCAACUUGAUCUUCAAGAAAAAGAAAGCCAAGCCAUACAUUCCGGAUUACAAGCUGGCAUUCGAGCACAUGUGCAUUCUGGCAACGAGCAAGAAAGUACUGGAUGAGAUUCAGAAGAACUUGGAGCUCACAGAGGAGUACAUGGAAGCCUCAAGGAAGACAUUGGAGCGAUUUGGCAACACAUCAAGCAGCAGCACUUGGUAUGAACUGGCUUACCUUGAGUUGAACUCAAGGAUCAAAAGGGGUGAUCGGGUUUGCCAAAUAGCUUGUGGGGCAGGAUUCAUGUGCAACAGUGUUGUUUGGAAGGCCCUUAGGAAUGUUAGGAAACCGAAGCACAGUCCUUGGAUUUAA